AUGUUUAAAAAACGUUAUCGCUGUACCUCCGAGUAUUUCCACACAGUAAGGACGCCGUUUGUUCAGACGCAGUCCGAGAGCUUGCCGACAGAAGCCUUGGCCGCGACCCUCCUCCCACAGGUGAGCCUCGUCAGGCGCCUCCUGUCCAACCCCAUGGCAGAAUGCGAGAUUGGCCGAGGGCCUGGCAGGCAGCUGGCUAGAGAUGCAGACAAGAGAAAACCGCCCAACAGCCAGGGGCCACCCUGGAGCGUGGCCUCAGAAGCCCAGUCCAGCCAACAGCAUCUCCACGCCAGGAGCCGCACACCAUGCCUGGAACUCUCCUGGGUGGGGAUGUGCCAGGAAACCGUCACUUCAUUGUGCUUGGAGGGAGAAGAGGAAGAAAUCAGGCUGCAGGUCCCCCAGGGCGGGGGAGGGGAGGAGCGGGAGGCGCUGAGAGCGGGCCUUAGAGCAGAUGGCCACUGGAGGGCGCCAGAGCACCGGCAGAGCCCCCCUGCAGCUCUCCCGGGGGACCUCCCGGUGGGAAAGGAGCUGGAGCCGGGGCUGGUGGAAUCCCAGGGACGCGCCCAGAGAGGAGGGGUGGUCACCGGGAGCUUCUACCCCGGCCCAAAUUGCCUCUCCUCACAGAGGGCACAGAGGUCUACCUUCAGCACCCGAUGGGGACACUUCCAGCUUGGUCGGGUGGUCCAGUGGUUGGACAGCCUGAGGGGACGUCUGGGAUCUGACUGCCCUUUAUUUACCCGGAGGCGGGGCUCGGCCCAGAAAUACUGGGCCUAA